UCAGUUCUUUUUAUGCAAUCGGCCCUAGGAUAUCUUCUCAAAUAACGCAUCUCCCGUGCUGUUCGGAAUCACUGCUAAAACUAGAUGCUUCAGGUCCCUUCUCUAUGAUGAACCUCAGUGCCACAGACCACCGGCUACCUCUGAGCGAUGGCAACACCAUUCCUGUCAUUGGGCUUGGUACCUACUCAGAUCCUAGACCGGUCCCUGGGAAGACCCGUGAGGCAGUGAAAAUAGCCAUUGACGAGGGAUACCGGCACUUUGACGGGGCCUUCCUCUACCACAAUGAGCAUGAAGUUGGAGAGGCCAUUGCAGAAAAGGUAGCAGAGGGGAAGGUAAAGAGGGAAGACAUUUUUUACUGUGGAAAGUUGUGGGCUACAGAGCAUGUCCCAGAGAUGGUCCGCCCAGCCCUGGAGAGGACGCUCAAGACCCUCAAGCUAGAUUACGUGGAUCUUUAUAUCAUUGAGAUACCCAUGGCAUUCAAGCCUGGAAAGGAAGUUUAUCCUAGAGAUGAAAAUGGCAAAUGGUUAUACCAUAAAUCAAAUCUGUGUGCCACUUGGGAGGCACUGGAAGCUUGCAAAGAUGCUGGCUUGGUGAAAUCCCUUGGGGUGUCUAAUUUUAACCGCAGGCAGCUGGAGCUCAUCCUGAACAAGCCAGGACUCAAGUACAAGCCAGUCACCAACCAGGUGGAAUGCCACCCAUAUUUCACCCAACAAAAACUCUUGAAAUUUUGCCAGCACCAUGACAUUGUUAUCGUUGCAUAUAGCCCCUUAGGGACCUGUCGGAACCCACUGUGGGUGAAUAUGUCUCCUCCACCCCUGUUAAAGGACAAACUCUUAACCUCACUGGGGAAAAAGUACAACAAGACAGAAGCUCAAAUUGUGUUGCGUUUCAACAUCCAGCGAGGGGUGGUUGUCAUUCCUAAAAGCUUUACUGCCGAAAGGAUCAAAGAAAACUUUCAGAUCUUUGACUUUUCUCUCACUGAAGAAGAAAUGAAGGACAUCGAAGCCUUGAACAAGAAUGUCCGCUUUGUGCAGUUGCUCAUGUGGAGCGACCACCCUGAAUACCCAUUCCAUGAUGAAUACUGAACAUGGAAAGUUCUUCCACAGAGAAACAUUUUUGAGAUAUUAAUCACUUAAAAAUGUGAUCACCGUGAGUCAUUUUGUUCCACUGUUAAUGUUAAUCAUGCUGUUCUCUGGAAAAUAUUUUACUUGAAGGAAUUAAUAAAGCAUGAUGAUUUGUCCCACCACAUGAUCUCCAUUCUGU